AUGGGUGGCUGUAGAGGUAUGCAUUGGAAAGGCCUCAGUCCACCGUCCAUGUCCAGAGAAGCCAAGAAAUACAAAGAAUUUCUUGAUGAGUACGAAACAAUCGGUCAUACGCGACGAAUCUUAGGUGAUAUCAAACAAACUCUAUUGAGUUUCCCACCAGUAUAUUUGCCUCGUCAUCCUGUAAUUCGCGAGUCUCGUAGACCUACUCCCGUUCGACUAGUUUUUAAUAUAUCUAGUCCCACUUCUUCUGGAAAGUCCUUAAAUGAUUCACUCAUGGUUGGUUCAAAACUCAAGAAGGAAUUGACAGCUGUCAUCUUACGAUGGCGAAAUUACCGUUUUGGAAUGACAGCAGAUAUAAGUAAAUUGUUUCGUCAGAUUCUGAUGGACCCGAGAGAUCUAGACUUACAAAGAAUAGUCUGUCUCCGCGGACCUUCUAGACAAUUGGUUGACCAAUUAGUCACCGUUACCUAUGGAAUGACGUUAUCCCCUUUUCUGGAAAAUAGAGUUCUGAAACAAUUAGCCGAGGACGAAGCUUCUUGCUUUCCCGAUGCCCGUUUCAUCCUUAAACGCGAUUUCUAUGUAGACGAUGUUUUAAUUUGGUGUCCAAACUUAGACUGCUUUUCAUUCUUAGUAAACACGCAACACGUUGGAGUUGCUACGAAAUGA